GGGGCCCGGGGAAGUUUGCGGCGGGGCGGGUGGCUUCCGAGUCGCUCCCGGUCCCGCAGCGCUGCCGGGCGCGGCCAUGGCUUUCCGGCGACGGGCCAAGAGCCACCCGCUCUUCAGCCAGGAGUUCCUCAUCCACAACCACGCCGACAUCGGUUUCUGCCUGGUGCUCAUCGUGCUCAUCGCUCUCAUGUUCGAGGUUACAGCCAAGACUGCCUUCCUCUUCAUCUUACCUCAGUAUAACAUCAGUGUGCCUACCACAGAUGGGGAGCUGGUCCAAUAUCACUACGGUCUGAAGGAUUUGGUCACCAUCCUCUUCUACAUCUUCAUUGCCAUCAUCCUGCAUGCAGUGGUACAGGAAUACGCCCUGGACAAAAUCAACAGGCGUCUCCAUCUGUCUAAAGUCAAACACAGCAAGUUCAAUGAGUCAGGGCAACUGGUUGUCUUCCACCUCACCUCUUUGAUUUGGUGCUUGUACGUUGUGGUGACGGAAGGAUACAUAUCAAACCCCCAGAGUUUGUGGGAAAACUACCCGCAUGUUUAUCUUCCCUUCCAGGUGAAGUUCUUCUACCUGUGUCAGCUGGCCUACUGGCUGCACGCGUUGCCAGAGCUCUACUUCCAAAAAGUUCGCAAGGAGGAUAUCCCACGCCAGCUGCAGUGCAUUGCGCUCUACCUGGUGCACAUUGCUGGCGCGUACCUCCUCAAUUUAACCCGCUUGGGGCUGAUCCUCUUGCUGUUGCAGUAUUUAGCGGAAUUCUUCUUCCACAUGGCCCGGCUGGUCUACUUCACAGAUGAGAACAACGAGAAGCUGUUUAACGUCUGGGCUGUUGUGUUUGUGGUCACCAAGCUCUUCACGCUAACCCUCUACAUCUUGGUCAUUGGCUUUGGUCUGCCACGCGUGGAGAACCAGGCCCUGGAGCCAGAGAAAGGGAAUCUCUUCAGCUUUCUCUUCAACCAUAUCCUCUUCAGAAUGAGUGUGCUGCUGUUGGUGUGCCUCUUCCAGGCCUCGGUGAUGUGGCGCUUCAUCCACUUCCAGCUGCGGCGCUGGCGGGAAUACUGGCACGAGCAGAGCAGCCGGAAGCGGGCCGCGGCCUGCGCCAAGCAGCCAGCCAAGCCGCUCAAGAGAGACUCGGGUUACCAUGAAAAUGGAGUGGUGAAAGCGGAGAACGGCACCUCGCUGCGAACCAAGAAGCUGAAAUCACCCUAGAAGAAAGGCCUCGGCUCCUGGGGAGGAGGGCGAGGUGCCAGGACUGAGGGCAGCCCUUCCUCCCAGUCCUCACAAGGUUGUCUUGAGCAGCUUGGGAGCAGGUCGUCUGCCCGAGGUGUCUCUCUCUCCUCCCUUUCUUUCUUACUUUCUUGAACCAUUUGCAAUAAAACCAAAAAGGUCCCUUUCCCCUGCUCCUUUCCCCUGUAGGAGCCUUUUCCAAGCCUCCUGGUUUUGCCUUCCUCUGUUUCACCGUAAAUCAGUGUGCAAUUUUAUUAUUUUUUUUCUAUUUUAGUGUUUGGUUAUUUGGGAUUUUUGUUACAAAUGCGUUGUAGAUGGUUCCGAAAUAUUUUUUUGCUCCUACAGCAUGUUUCUCCCCUCUCUCUGUGUUGAUUUCCCCAUCUCCUGCUUCAGGGCCAUGGUAGUUUGAAGGCUCCAUGUGUCAGCUAUGGGAACAGGCUCCAGGGGAAAAGUACGGGGACUCUGAGACCCGUGAGGUGCUCAUGGCUGAUGGUUUCCCCUCAUGGGGCACUCCAGCCAGCACUCAGAACGUGUUGCAUGAUGUCAAUGCUGCAAAUAGGGACUGGUGUCUGAAGGAGGAACCUCUGCUGUGUCUUGUCUCUCUCUGGUUGAGUGGGGUUCCUCCAGCUCCUGGCUUCGAGCUAAUUUUGGUGAUCUAGGAAGCAGAGAAGGUGAUCUAGGAAGCAGAGUUCCCUCUUCCUACAGGACCCACAUCCUAGCCUUUGCUUGCCCCAGCUUUUCUGGUACAGCUGGGUCCUCUUUAUCCUCUGGAUUGCCCUGUAAUUGCUCUGCACCUCCCAGCACUGAGAGCUGGGCUCAGGGCUCUGCAGCUCAUCAUGCCUUGCUGUGGGGCAGUGACAUCCUCAGGUCCAGGUGAAUCCUCGAGUCCUGCCCCACUCUGAGCCCUGGCCUGGCUCCUGUCAGCCUCCUGUGCCUCAGACCUGGUGCGCUCAUGGCUCGUCACCACCUCCAGACAAGCGAAGUGACUGCUGCAAAGGGUUUUGCAUUAAUGGGACUGUGCCCCUUAUGCUUAGCCAUCCUCAUUCCUACCAUGUCAGUCCAGCUGUGCCAUCUGCAGCCACCAGCUUCUCUUUCUUUCCAUAGGAUACACAGCUUGUAUCCACCCAAGGUGCUAUCAAAUGUAGGGUUUCUUCCAAAAACCCUAGCCCCUUCAUCCCUUUCUGAGCUGUGAAUGAGAUGACAGGAAGGAAGCCAAGGGCUAUGAGAAGUAGCUUGUACAUUAGGAAAGGCCUGUGAGACAUAGCUGUUGGCAAAUGGAGUUGUCUUAAAUCUACCUCAGAGGCCGUCUUUUGCUACAGACCACUCUCCUUCUUGCACCUCCCUGACCUGAGGUCUGGGGGAAGCCCAGGUCCCACUGGCUUGCUCCCCUUUGCUGGUGGGCAGCACCUCCUGCCCAGGGUUUUCACGGGUCAGUGGGCUUCCUUGGGGUCUGUGCACCAGUUUGGAUUUGGCUGAUGGGUGCUUCUCACCCCAUAGCUCUUUUCUGGGGUGCUUUCUGUAGCCAGGCUUUGCUGUUGGUGCCUCUUGUGCAGCAAAGUCAGCUGUAGCUCCCGGUGUGUGGGGUUGAGGAGAGCCUGGCCACUCUUUGAUAUGCAAGGCAGGAUGGAAGCCCACCUUCCUUAUGGGUGGUGGAAUGUGUGGUCUCAUGGCAUGUCACUUGCUCAGCCCCUCCGGGCAUGAUUCUAGCUUGGGCUUUUUGCAUUGAGGCUGGCACAGUUGUCUUUUGUAUCUUUUGUCUUUUGGAGAGUGAGAGACCAGUUGUUUGUCUGCCACUCUUUGAAUGGAGUUGCUCUUUCCUCCCUCUUUUUGUCGAUGUCUUUUCUCCCUUCCUCCUUUCCUUGCAGAGCCUCAGCUAAUGCUGGGCACAGGAGGGAGAAAAUGUAUAGGGACAUGAGUACAGUUGGUCAGAUUCCACUUGUUCCUCCGCUCCCGUGACCUCUGAGUGUCAAACAAAAUGUCAGCAGGAGUCUGGAAGAAGGUCCCCCUCUUUGAGGGGAAGUGAGGAAGGAGACUUUGAAGCUAGCGCCUCACAACAGCUGAGGAUUGGCUCUGUUAACAGAUGACACAUACAAUCCCCUCAGAAACCGGCUGCUGAAUAAUUCCUCUUCCUGCCUGCUUCGCUUCAGGCAGCUUUUCCACUUGCACAAUCCCGUGUCUUCAUAGAGUAGCUAAUUAUGCCUUGUAUCCCAAGUGCCUUAUGUUGCCGUGUAGCGUCUCGUAUGCUUGAUCUGUGUACUAUAGCAGCAGCUGAACGCCCUUUCUCCUUAUGACAUAUGUACAACAUACGCUACAUUUAUGUAUUUUUUUUGUUUUAGAUUUUUUUUUUUUGUCUUUUGAUAGAGCUACCAGUAAAAGGGACAGUUUGUUUUGAAAAUAUUUCCAUGUUUUCCUUCUGUUUGUUUGUUUUUUUUCUUAAGCCUAGAGAUGAUGUUCUUUUUUGCCUUCGUCUGUCUUUAAUCCUCUGAAAUCUUUCCUUCUCCUGUUAUGCCAAAGCAUGGCAUGACUUCUGUUGGUUAUUUAGUGCUGAGCCUUUGCUAUAUGGCAAUGAGAAGUCUCAUCCUCGAGGUUUCCAAUCUGCCCCCCGUUGGAGGGGCUGCCCCGAACUGCUUUCGUCUCUGGCUUUUAGUGCAAACACCAUCUCUGCAGUAACUGCUUUUAUGUCCAUGGCAUUUCUCAGCAGGCCAAGCCUUCUUUUCAGCCCAAAGAACUUUCACUGCAAACAGUUAGUGGUCAGUCUUCCCUUGACUGCUUUGUGUGCAAAGAUGCUGAGACCCUCUGUCAUUGACUGGAUGCUCUUCUUGCAUCCCAUCCUGUCAAGCCCCCUGUCAUCUGCAAAAAAAAAACAACAAACCCACAACCACACCAACAAACCCAACCCGAAGCAAGAGCUGUUUUCUGCCACAGUGCAGAAACCGAUAGAGACUAUGCAAGUUCCGACUUUGUGUAAUUAUUGCUUGCUCUGCACCCUUCCUAUGGGCUUGAGGCUGAUUCUGCCAUCUGUUUCUAUUACCAACAUAAGGUCAGGGACUGAGUAGUCUGUGAUUUUUAGUGUGCAGUGUAGUGUUCUCCUGUCCUAGCCUAGAAACUUUUGAAAUACUGGCAGUAGUUCUCUCUUUUUGUUGCAGAGAGUUCAGGGAUGGGCUUGGGAAGAGAAGAGGGUUGAAGAAGAACAGAUGUAGCAUUUCACAUAUAAUUUUUGAGUGACUCGUACUUUGUGGGGCAUUACAGAUAUGUUGUUUUGUUUCUUUUUGUUUAGGAUUUUUCUUACUUGUGUUUGGGUUAGUGGUAAAGACAAGUUCCAGUUCCUCUGUAGGACCCCUUACCCUUAUCUUGUUGUUUUAAGAUGUAUUUCUGAUAUCCUUCCCUGUCGGAGGGGAGGACUACCCCAGGAUUCUCCUCUGACCCCGAAGUUAUUCCCAAGGCCUGUUGGGAAUAUUUCCCAUAUUCCCUAUUGCUGCAUGGGGAUUUGCAGCAACAGCUGCUUCUUACCUUGGAUGAAGUUUUGGUAGAUGGACCCUGACAUGCACCAACAGUAGGCGGAGAUUUUGGGGUCUGAUUUACAGCCUUCCUGGAAGCUUUGUGAGCAUGUAGUAGAUGGUUUUUUGGCAGGCUUUGUACUCAAACUGUGAAGUUUGUUACGUAACCUCGGGGCUGUGGGUGGGAGUUUUGCUGGCAGAGAGGAAGGAUGGCUGUUAUGAAAGCCUGGCGGAGGCACGUAGCUUUCCUUCAGGUAUGUUGAAUUCCAUGGACCAAAACUUCAGCAAAAGGAACUCGAGGAAAAUUUUUGUUCUUCCAUAUUCCAAAGUUUUAAAUUUUGGAGAGGGGUGGUGGGGAAGUGACACUCUCCAAUAUUUUAUCCAUAUCUCAUUUGUUUCAUUCUUCCUGUCACGUAAAUUUUUUUUGUACGGUUUAUGUUCGUUGUCGUUUAUUGUUCAAUGACUUUUGUGAUAAACUCAACAGAAGUAUUUUCUGAAAUAAAUAAAUAAAAGGCA